AUGACCAGCCUUGCAAUCUUCGACUUCGAUGGGACGCUCUUCGACACCCACGAGUCGAUCGAACAAUCCAUCAAGCUUACCUUUGAGGCUUUACUCCCGGCCCAUGUCCCGCCACAGUCGAAAAUACACGCCCUGAUCGCCAAAGGAGCGGGCCUGUCAGAUACAUUCCGGACACUGCAUCCCAGCAUUGAAGCGUAUACCGCGGCAGCGGAUGGCUGGACUGCUAAAUAUCGCGAGGUAUACGCGACACAUGGCCAGUUGCUUAUCAAAGCCUUCCCUGGAGCCAAGGAGAUUCUUGAAGACUUGAAAACAUGUGGUAUCCCUAUUGCUAUUGUGAGCAACAAGGGCGUUGCGGCUGUCAAAACUGCCUUAGAGCGUAAUGGCAUGGGUGGAUAUAUACCCGAAGACCUGAUUAUAGGGGAUAGUACGCCGGGCGCGCAACGAAAGCCGGAACCAACUAAUUUUACGGAUAUCUUGAUACCGACGCUGAAGAAUCAGUAUGUGGUAGCCGAUAUCGAUGCUAGCAAGGUUCUGGUUAUUGGGGAUACUGUAGCGGAUAUUCAGUUUGCGAGAAACAUCGGUGGACGCGCAUGCUGGUGUCGUUAUGGCUUUGGAGAUCAAGAUGCGUGCAAGAAACUAGACCCAGAGUUGAUCGUUGAUUCCUUGUGUGAGGUUGCUGCACACAUCCGUUCCUCGGUAUAA